CGGGGAGAUCGAAUACGCAAGACGCCGACAGCUUCAUAGCGGAGUCGUCGAGGUCAGAGCGAGAGAGACGAAGACGCUUUCACCAGCGAUUGAUCAGGGAGGCGUCGAGGAGAGCGAGGAAGACGAAGAAGCUUUCAUCAUCGAUUGAUCACCGAGGCGUCCUCGAGAGCGAGAGAGACGAGGAGAGAUCAUCGUCGCUUGAUCGCGGAGCCGUCGAGGUGGAGUCGAGGGGAGAUCGGUUUCUUCGAGAGGCUUGUGUUUCGCCGGAGUCGUCGAGAGAGAAACACAAGUUCUGUUUUGAGAGAGAGAGAGAGAGAGAGAGAGAGAGAGAGAGAGAGAGAGAGAGAGAGAGAGAGAGAAAUGGACGCGGAGUGUGGAGAGCACCACACGUGUCCAAUAAGACGCGAUUCUUCAGCUGCUUGAUUAAGCACCGCAUUCCCCAUAAUUAUUUCUUUUUUCUUUUUUUUUUAAAUCAAAACAACACUAAGCACCCCAUUAAGCGUCUGCGUUAAUGGUGCUCUUAGAGUUGCUCUAAGAACAUAAAAUAAAUUAUACAAAGCGUUUUGAAAUAGAUGACAUGUGUCGUGCUCUCCUCUCUCUAUUUGUUGAGCUGGAAGCGUAAGAAGAGAGUUGCCUUCUUUUUUAUGUUAUAAGAUUUUUGACUUGUUUAUUUUAAAAUUAAGUGAAAAAAAUGCAAUGGUUCAAUCAAAACCAUAAUCAAAUACUGUAUCCACAAAUAUCAUCCUUGAAAAUGGUAAAACUAUUAUCCAAACACAAACGAACUUCAUUCCCCAUUGCUUUAUCUCUCAACUUCUUCAAUCUCUCACCCAUCUCUUCAUCCUCCAUUACUUUUCUCAACCCAUCCUCAACCUCUUUCUCUCCAAAACCGCUUAUUCUCACCCCGAUCUUCCACACAUCCACAAUGUAUCUAGAGUUCACAAACUGGUCACCGGCUACGGGAUAACACACUAGCCUCCGACAACUUGCCACCGCCUAUUGCACAAACAACUCAUGACUCAAAACUGUACACAUUGUAUAUGGAUGUAUACUACAUACGUUUUAAAAAUAUUGUAUAUAUAUAAUUAGGUAAUAUAUAAUUAGGUUUAAGGUACCUCCAUGGUUGAGUUCCAGCCACAAUGAGUCAGGUAACAACCAACUGAGUCGUUUUUAAGAACUUCAAUCUGCGGGGCCCAUGGCACGAUCCUUCCUUGGUUCUUGACUCUAUGGACGAACCCUGGUGGCAGUCCCUCCUGCCAAACCCGGUUUGAUGCCCAAAUGAAAGGUCUUCCUGACGCUUCCAACGCUAAUGCCAACUUUCUAAUCUUUGAUUCUCCUAUUGGAGAAACCCAGCUUCCAAAUGAGAUGUAAAUAACUGAGUUUGGUUUCUGUUCUUGUAGCCAACCAAGACAAGAUCUGUCUUCUUCCCAGAAACUAGGGUUCUUGGUCAAAGUUGUAUCACUUGUUGCUGCUUGGUUAUGUGAUGGACCAACGUAAAGAAUUUUAGGGUUUUGAUUGUUAUUGUCUUUGUUAAUGAAUUCACGUUCAUAUUCGUCUUUGAAGGAGUUUACCAAGAUCCACCGGAGACUUUUUACUCGUUCUAGAGUUCUCUGCCAGAACUUGAAUCGUCUUUUUUGAGCCGUCGGAGUACCGAUAAGCCACAAUAGAUCUCCGGCGUAUAGGAGCGGUUGCUCCGGUAGGAGUAAUGGUUUUUCUGGUUGACGAGGACAGCCUACACAAAAAUGUUACAACUGUAACUUACUAUGCAAUCAUUUAGUAAGCAGAUUAAACAAAUUGUAUAUCGUGUCUAACGUGUUAUACACUGAUAAUCAAUUGGCGUUACCCGUUUUGUAUACAUAUUAUGUUACACGUGUUCCUACGUUAUUAUUUAUUUGCUUCGUGAAACCACCUAGAUAUUAACACGUACGUAUAAAAUCGAUUGAUCACACCAAUUAAUUAUUGUUAUCUGUAACUGUAUAAUCUCUGUACGUCUUUUUGACCCCACGCACACGCCGCCGCCGCCGUCCCUGUCUGUUCUACCAUCUUAAUCUCAAAUUUAACUUGGAAAUAUAUUUUUGAAAUUCACGAAUAUGCUCUUUCGGAAAAAACUACCAUACUGAUCAUAUGUAUAUAUGAGAACUUAACAUAUACACCCAAAAAAAUGUAUAUAUAAGAAUUAGGUUCAAUCAACAUGCAUGACAAUUCCACGAGAUAAACGUUAAAUGUUUGGUCCACUUGGUAGGAAUAUUCAAAGCAAAUCAUUAUAUAUUAUCUCAUUACAUCAGCAAUACAUUAUCUAACCUAUACUAAAAGGAGAAUAUCCUCAACAAAGAGGAUGUCCACAUCAGCAAAUAAAUUCGAACCAAUCAAAUUCUACGUAUAUGCCAUGUCAGCGGCGACUCAGCGCGACCUAAACUUUCCUUGCAAAUUUGUCGAUCGACAUCCCGUCAAAACAAAUCAUCUGAAGAGGAGAUAGAAUCUUCUCCAUCGGACAUCAGACAAGCCCUCCAAGUUUUGUUCUUUGUGUUUCGCUCCUGUCCGUAGAAGAAAUGGGAAGCAAAUGGCGAAAAGCGAAGAUAGCUUUAGGUGUAAAUCUGUGCCUUUACGUUCCCAAAACGCUCGAAGAAGAAUCAAGAACAUCAAACAACGCCGUUUCGCUUUCUCCGGUAACGGUUCCAAGGCCCACGACGCCGGUUCCUUCCUCCUCUGGUCUUCGAUUGCCUUGGUCCUUUAGCAAAUCCUCAGCAAAGGGGGUUCCUGUAAAGGUGACGAGGCCUACUGACUAUAAUCCAUCCCUUGCUGCAGCUAUUGGUCCGAGCCAGCCUAAUCCCAAUCUCAACUUGGCGGCUGUUGGGAUUUCUUCGGGGUCUACUGGUGGGCUUGAGGGUCCGGACCGCUUAUUUGUGGGUGGGCUUCCAUAUCACUUGACAGAGGAUCAGAUCAGGGAGCUCUUGGAGUCCUUUGGGCCACUAAGAGAUUUCAACUUGAUUAAAGACAGGGACACCGGAAACUCGAUGGGAUAUGCAUUCUGUGUAUUCCAGGAUCCUUCAGUCACAGAUAUUGCAUGUGCUGCUCUAAACGGGAUUAAGAUGGGCAAUAAGACACUUACAGUGAGGCGUGCAGUCCAAGGUGCAAUUCAACCUAAGCCUGAGCAAGAAGAUAUAUUACUUCAUGCCCAACAACAGAUUGCUUUGCAGUGCUUCUGAUGCACUGAAGCUAUCUAUUGAGAACAACACGUAUCUUGGAGGUGAUGUUGAACUUACCCUGUCAGUUUAGGAGAGAAUUGUCGAGCGUCAGACAAUUGUCUAAUUAGGUGUUCCCUACUGGACUGGUAGAAUGACAUGGUAAUGGAUUUUUUCCUCUUUGCCAAGGCUGAUUAAAAUUCAGUUUCAUUACAUAUUCUCAUAUAAUUGUUUUGUGAUCAUAUAUGUAUAUUCAACUUACCCAAUUCUUCUUUUUGUUUUCGUAAGUUAGAUUGUCUUUUAUUCCACUGAGACAUGUGUUUCACGAAAAUCAAAAGAGGUGGCUUGAGGUACUUAAGGUAAAAAUAUAUUAUAAGAAAUCAUAUAAGUAGAAUUAAUUUAAAACCUUUUUAGCCAAACGCUUUUUAGUAUGAGGAGGAGAGGGGCGGAUCUACUGCGUGGUCUCGAGGUGCUCUCUGGGAUACUGCGUGGUCUCGAGGUGCUCUCUGGGAUUGUGGUCAUUCUCUUCAUCCUCAUUCUCACCAAGGCUGCUUAGACUGAAGCAAGGCCCUCCACUCCCGAGUGGCGACAACCGUGCUUAACUGCGAGAUAUCUAAGGCUAAACCUAAAUCAGACUGAGCCAUGGAGAGCAAGGCGGACUCUUUCAGAAGAAGUUAGUAAAGGAAAGUGAAAACUGAAUAUCCCUUUGUUGUGGAGUUGACUAUUUUAGACGAAUAGUGAGAUUCUUGGGUUUGGUUUUGAAACAGGGAUUCUCUUGAGCUUGAGAAGAAGACACGAGCAACCAUGAACGCGGUAUGGAAAAGACCACCGAUCACUUACAUCGUCAAAAUGUGAACUCCGAGAAGAAUUGUCACCGUGGAGAUCAAAGCUAGAGCAGCAACUGCAGCUGCUGAGGCGGAUUAAGGCUUAGUUAAAACCUUUACUUGCAAAACUAACUUAUAACUUUGUGAACCUGUUGAUAUAAGCCCCUGGAUUCGUUGCAAGUUAUGUAUGGAAACUCAGAUGAUGCUUUUUGCUUACGAAAUCCUUGGCAGGCCACCAGCACCCUGAAGCUAACGGUUCUCACCAGGUACACAUAAGCGAUCUUGGUAGAAAGAUAGUUGCUUUACUUGAUCAUCUGUUCGGAUUCCUCCUAUAUUAGCUUGGAUAAUUAUCUACAGUUAGCUUUCCUAUUUCAAAUAGAUAUAAAAAGAAUAAUUGUUUGUGUUUUAGAGUUUUCUAUAACACUGCAACAUACCCGAGUCCAUAGAACCUUAUCUUAUUGCAUGGAUCCAAUGCAUCAAACUCGAGUUAAUAUAUGUCCUUAAACUUGGGAUCUAUAUGAUUCAUUUAGUUUGUUUACAAGAGACGGUUUCAGUUACUUUCAUUUUUAUACAAGUGUAAAUGUGUCCCGGUAUAUUUAAAUUGUGAGCUGAUGUUUCCUGGGAAGUUUGUGCUACAGAAAGAUUUAAGAAUUAUUUUUUAAAAAUCAAUUAAAAGAGAAGAUGAUGUCUUAGAAAGACAUAAAUCUUCUAAGAAUUCAUAUUUGUCAAAAUAUAAAUUAGUAGUAUAAAAUACUAACAUGAUACAAGUGACCUAAAAGUUAGAUUGAUAUCUAAGCUACCUCUUUACAAAUUUAACAUCGCCAAUAUUUUAAGUUAAGUUUUAGAAAUAAUAAAAAUUCCCUAUCAUUUAAAAAUGGAUAUAAAUAUCUAAAGAAUAAAAAUUUUAAACUAUUUAAAAGGUACUAAAUUGAUAUUUGGAAUGAUAUUAUGUAAAUCAACAUAAAAAUUAAACUACCAUGAAGAAACAAAAUAAAUCUUAAAAUAGUUAAAAUUCCUAAAAAUAAUAUUUGUCAAUAUGAAAUAGAAAU